CAGCUAUUGUAUGAAAACCUUAUUUCACCAUUAUAAUCUAUAAUUCCAAAAAAAAAAAAAAACACAAUAGUAUUUUUUCUAAUAUAAAAAUUAAACAUAUUCAUCAACCCCACCUAAAAAUAACCCUAACAUCUCACGGUUUCUUCCACAUGUACCCUCUCUGUGCGUCUCCAAUUCCAGUUUCCGCCGCCGAAGCUAAAUUUCUUCAGGCUUCAUAGAAGAAGACCGAACAUGGCGAGACGUAACCGUGGGGUGACAAGGCGCGAAAGGCCGAACCUACUGAUCACGGGGACUCCUGGUACCGGCAAAUCGACGACGGCUUCUGCUCUAGCCGAAGCCACGAAUCUCCGGUAUAUUUGCAUCGGAGAUCUGGUCAAAGAGAAAGAAUUCUACCAUGGCUGGGACAAUGAGCUCGAGUGUCACUUCAUCAACGAAGACUCGGUGAUUGAUGAGCUUGACGAUGCUAUGAUAGAAGGAGGGAACAUUGUGGACUACCAUGGCUGUGACUUCUUUCCUCAGCGAUGGUUUGAUCGCGUUGUCGUGCUUCGAACCGAGAACUCCGUUUUGUAUGACCGUUUAACGAAUAGGGGUUAUUCAGGAACCAAGCUUAGUAACAACCUUCAAUGCGAAAUGUAUCAAGUCCUACUCGAAGAAGCACAUGACAGUUAUGAUGAGGAAAUUGUCACUGAACUACAAAGUAACACAAUCGAAGAUAUCUCUAACAAUGUCUCCACUUUGACGGAUUGGAUUAAUGCAUGGCAACCCUGAUGAUCAUCAUAUUGGAAUCUGAUGACAAUGCAUCUGAAUCGAUCUUGGGUGCAAUUUGUAUACUGAGAUUCUGAAGCACAAUAAUUCAGCUUAUGUAUGCUUUACUUUGAUAUUUAAUGAAAAGAAGAAGUUUCUAAUCUUUUAAUUGUUUUUGUGAAACUUUACAAAUGUGUGAAAACUUGAUUGUUCUGAUAAAUUAUGAUUAAGAAACAUUAAUCUGGA